AUGUCUGAUUCUCAGUUAAUAGAAGAUAAGACCCAACUAGCUAUUAUCUAUUUCAAAUCACAAGAUUAUGUUAAAGCAUUAGGAAUUUAUAAUCAAUUAAUUUCUCAACUAUCUUCACGCCCACAAUCCCAGAUCAAACUCAUACGAAAACAACAUGGAUUGGCUGAGAAACCUAUCAUGGGGCCUAUAAUUCAUCCCAAGAUAUGUCCAUUAUAUGAUCAACGUGCUGCUACUUUCGAAAAAUUAGGACAGGUGGCGAAUGCGCUUUUGGAUGCUAAGAAAUUGAUGGAACUUGAUCCAUUGGGUUGUAAAGGAUACUUAAGAAGAGGGAAAUUGUUAUAUAAUAUGGGGAAAACAGUAGAGGCAUAUAAAUGUUAUCAAACUGGGGUAUAUAUAAUUGAGAAAGCGAUCACCGAGUUUCAGAUUAGUGUUCCUGAGAAAUUAUUUAUGAAUUUGAAAUCACAAUAUCGGAAAUUGAACUCAGAGUUGAAAACAAAGAGAAGGGCGGAACUGGAAGAGAAGCAACGACAGAUAAAGAAACCAAAGAGAGUGUUAGAUCCGUUUCAUUAUCUACCACAGGAAAUUAUUGGGUUGAUAUUCAAAGAUUUGGAACUAAAGUCAAUCUUGCAAUGUCAUUUAGUUUGUAAGACAUGGUAUUUCGCGUUGAUUUCAUUGCAGGAGUUGUAUAAUUCAAGAAUUAAUUUGAAGCAAGGUAUAACAUUGAAUGAAUUCACGAAUGCCUCACGAUUAUUGAAGAAAAUAAACCUGAAGAGGUUUUCCAUCAAAUUCAAUUCAAUCCAUUCACCGUCAUUGAAUAAGAUUCUUGAAACGUUGAUUGUUCAACCAAUCUCGAUUGAAAGAUUAGAAUUACUUGACAGGAAUAUGACAAUCUCAUUACUUUUAGAUCAAUUAAUCAAACUGAGUUGGAAAUUGAGGAACUUUCAGAAUCUACAAACUCUCAAACUAACAAUAAAUGAAGAUUUGUCUUACGGAGGAAGGCUAUUAUUGAAUCAAUUUAAAUCUUUAAAGGAGCUACAGCUUCUAGUCACGAAGCCGGGCGAAACCAAUUAUCCUAGAAGAGAUAAGAUUUUUCAAAAGUUGAAACAACAACUGCCAGAUUCAUACCAAUUACAAUGUUUAACACUAGUAAAUCAUCCUUCCAAAAUCUCAACCAUUAGAAUGUUAGAUUUGAAUUUCCCAAAUUUGACAGAUUUGACGAUUGUAUCGUAUGAAUUUAAUGAUAAACUAUCUGAAUUUGGAGAAUUCCUAAUUAGAUGUACCAAAUUAGAAAAGAUUUAUUUUGAAAACAAUUCAAAUUUAUCAUUCUUUACCUUUUUGAUUUUAUUAAAGAAUUUCAAUCCAAAGUUUUCAUUGAAAGAAUUAACAUUUCGUGAAGGGGGUAAAGAUCAUUCUAUGAUAUCUUUGAAUGAAGUCAAUGAAAUUGUUCAGUUUAAACAACUUACAAAAUUGGAUAUUUAUAAUCAUAAUCUUUCCCUGCAUGGCUUAAUUAAACUCUUGAAGAUUUGUGGUGCGAAAUUGACAAGUUUAAAUAUUGGAAACGGGAAAUAUAUUUCAUUUUCAAAGUAUUCACCUCAACUGAUUCAUAUAUCAAACAUAUUCAACUAUUGCAUAAAUCUAUCCCAGUUAUACCUUAAUGAAAUGAAUAUCGAUAAUGAUUCAAUUAUACAAAUUGCUGCCGAUUUGAAUAAAGUUCAACAUGACUUGAACUAUCUUGAUAUAAGUUUUAAUGAGAGAAUCGAUGGAAUCAAUUUGAUUAAAUUGUGUAAUGGGUUUAAACAAGUUGAUACUUUGGUUAUUCAUGGAUUAGAAAUUCUGAAGGAUACUUUAAAUUAUUUAAUUAAACAAAAUUUUGUAGAGAGAUUUGUUUUCGGUAUUAAUAGAAAUAGAUGGAGAACAUUUGGUCUUAAUAGUUGGAUUCAAUAG